AUGUCUUUCUCGAACGACUCGUCGCCCACGUCGUCCCUGCCCGGCUCGCCAGAAUCAGCCACUUCGCUCUCCUCGCUCUCCGAAUCUUCCGAGUACCGCGCACCGCUGUCCGGCGAGGCGCCCGAACCGAGCAUUGAUGGGACGUCUGUUGGUGGUGGAGAAGGCGACAUCCGGGCGAGCAGCGCUGAGGAGAUCAGUGAGGACGACAAGAAGCUCGCACUUUCGCUCAAAUCGCAAGCCAACUCGCACUUCACGGCGUCACGGUACCGAGAAGCACUCGACAUGUACACUGCGUCGCUCAACAAGAACCCUUUCGACCCGAUCGUGUGGUCGAACCGGGCUGCGGUGCGGUUGAAGCUGGAGGAGCACGGCCUGGCGAUCGCGGAUUCGACCCGGGCGAUUGAGCUGGAUUCACGAGCGGUCAAGGCUUACUAUCGACGAGCGAUUGCCAACCUCGCCAUUCUGAAGCCCAAGGCUGCGCUUGUCGACUUCAAGCAGGUCAUGAAGCUCGACCCGAACAAUGCACCUGCGCGGACGCAGAUGGAGGCGACGCAGAAACUGAUCAAGCGAUUGGCGUUCGAAGCUGCGAUUGCGGGCAAGGAGGAGGAGCCGAUGAGCAUCAAGAUGCGAAAAAUGGUUGACGAGGGCGCCUCGCCUCUUCCAGCCGACUACACCGGACCUCGACUGGCAGACAACGAGCGGAUCACGCCCGAGUUCAUCGACUCGAUGAUUCAGUACUUCAAGGACGGCAACCUCAUUCCGAAGCGCAUCUCGUGGCAGAUCCUGCUCGGCGCGUACGAUGCCUUGAGGGAGGAGGAGUCGCUCGUGGAUGUGCCCAUUCCGGAGGGACAGACGGUGGACGUUAUUGGCGAUUGCCACGGCCAGUAUUACGACUUUAUGCACCUCCUCUCGCUCACCGGCAAGCCCAGCGAGACGCACUCGCUCGUAUUCGACGGCGACCUCGUCGACCGCGGCAGCUGGUCCACGGAGAUCCUCUUGACUGUGCUCGCGUACAAAUGGCUGUACCCUAGAAACGUCUUCAUCAAUCGCGGUAACCACGAGACGACCGACAUGAACCGGGUUUACGGCUAUGAGGGCGAGGCGACGAAGAAGUACGGCGUGCAGAUGUACAAGCUCUCGGAAGAGAUCUUUACCUCUCUCCCGCUCGCGACGCUCAUCACCGCCUCUGCCCCUCCGCGCGUCGACGCCUCGCCGAACCCGCCCAAUCCGACCCUGUACCAAGGCGUGAAGCGGUUCUUCGUCGUUCACGGCGGCCUCUUCUCGAAAGACGGUGUCACGCUGGACGACAUCCGCUCUAUCCCGCGCAUGUCGCUCAAGCAGCCUGGACAGGAAGGCUUGAUGUGCGAAGCGUUGUGGGCGGAUCCGCAGGACGCACCUGGGCGCGGACCGAGUAAGAGGGGUGUUGGGCUUGGAUUUGGACCGGAUGUGACGCGCAGGUGGACGGAUGAGAAUGAGGUCACGGCAGUCAUUAGGGCGCAUGAGGUUAGGCAGGGAGGGUACAGCGUCGAGCACGACGGCAGGCUCAUCACCGUCUUCUCGGCGCCCAACUACGUCGACCAGGUCGGCAACCUCGCCGCGUUCGUCCGCAUCGACGAGACGGGCGAGAUGAAGUUCACGACGUUCGAGGCGCAGCCUCACCCGGCGCACAUCCGCCCGAUGAUGUACGCUGGCGGCAUGAUGGGGCUCGGCAUGUGA